AUGAUUGAGAAGAAAGCGAAUGACGGUAAACUUAUCGAAAAGAUGAUUGCAAAUAGGAUACAGUUUGACGCUGUCAAGCAUGAUAUCUUCCAUCCAAACCAACUUGGCGGCAUCCGCCAGAGGUCAACUGAGGAUGCUGGAUUGAUUCUGACUCAUCUCGUGCGAGCGGGGUGGGUUAAGGGUCUCCAGACUAGUGCGCUGGCUUUUGACAUCGCGCAGUUCUUCCCUUCUAUCAACCAUGAAAUGUUCAUGGCUGUACUUCGCAAGCAAGGGUUCUCGCCGGUUCUGCGGUGCUCGAUGGCAGCCCGCUCGCUAUCUACAAACACGUACGCUACGCAGCCUGGGUACUAA